ACAAAUGUAAUAAAAUAAAUACAAAAUCAAAAUUUUUUUUUAUAAACUUUGAAUGAAAACCACAGCCUUGACUAUCACCACAGCAGCAGCUGAUCCAACCAAAUAGUGUCUAAAAAUAGAGAUAAUGGUUCGCAAUCGUAAGGGACAUAACUGGAAGGGCCGACAGUCGGCGUCCGGCAGCGACAAUGUAACCGAAACGGUGGCCAACAAACGGAAAUUGAUGGCCACUAAGAUUGACAUCGAUGUCGAUGAAACUAAAUACGAUUCGUGCAACGCUCUGGUCGUCGAGUCCAACAAAGACAAACUGAAGCCGAAGAAAGCAAAGGACACGAAUGGACCGAAACAACGAAUUUUGUCGAAAAAACAGAAGAAAAAGUUGGAAAAAGUCUUAGAAAGAAAAGACCGCAAAAUCAAUAGAGCAAAACUUUUACAAGACUUGCAAGAGUUCAGAGCCGAAGAUAAAGAGAUGGCUUUAAUGUCGUCAACGAGUGAUGUCCAGACAUUUGGUCGCAAAAGAUUAUUUGAUAUGAAAACAAUCAAUUCAGUUACCGAAGAAACUGAUGACAAAAAUGAAUUUAUAUUAAAAAAAUACAAAAAAUUUAAGAAAUUAACUGAAAAACCAAAACAUGUUAAAGAUUUGAAUGUUAUAUCAGCUUUUGAUGAAUCAGAAAGUAGUGAUGAUAGUAGUGAUAGUGAUAGUAUAGUUGAUCCAAAUGAUGGUGAUAUUAAUACAGUGAACGCAGACAAUGGUGUGCCACAAGUGCUGGAUAAUUGUAGUGAUAAUAGUAAUGGUAUUUCAAAUGAUUGUGAAAAAGUCGAUGAUGUCGUCAAAUCUGAUGUGAAGUGUGAAUCAAAACCCAUCGAAACGAAACCAACUGAAGACAAAGUAAACGAAACAACGGCCACAGAGAUGCCUAAGAAGGACAUAGAAGAGCAGAAAAAAGAUAAAAAAGAAAUUCCUAAGAAGGAGGUUAGUCGGCGACAGUUUCAGCAAAUAAAUCGAACCGAAGAUAUGGACAAAUAUCGAUCAGCUCUUCCUAUCAUUAAUGAAGAACAUACUGUAAUGGAUGCCGUUUUUAACAAUCAAUUUGUUAUUAUUUGUGGCGAAACCGGUUCGGGAAAGACGACACAAGUGCCGCAAUUUUUAUUUGAAGCCGGAUUUGUUUGCAAUCAAAAGUUGAUUGGAGUGACCGAACCGCGUCGGGUGGCGGCCAUUGCGAUGUCUAAACGGGUGGCAGAAGAGAUGAAUGUCUCAACCAAUCGGGUUUCCUAUCAAAUUAGAUUUGAAUCAAAUGUCACACCGGAAACACAGAUCAAGUUUAUGACAGACGGAGUACUUCUUAAAGAAAUACAAAAUGAUUUUCUUCUUAAGAAAUAUUCUGCUAUUAUUGUCGAUGAAGCGCACGAAAGAAGUCUAUAUUCAGACAUUUUGAUUGGUCUUCUCUCACGUAUUGUUCCGCUUAGGGAAAAGAAAGGAGAUCCACUAAAACUGAUUGUCAUGUCGGCCACACUUAGAGUCGAAGAUUUUGUCGAAAAUAAACGACUAUUCAAAUCGGUUGCGCCGGUUAUCAAGAUCGAUUCGCGACAAUACCCGGUAUCGGUUCACUUCAAUAAAAAGACAAACAGCGACUAUCUUCACGAAGCAUUCAAAAAGGUCUGCAAAAUACACAGUGAAUCUCCGGCCGGCGGUAUUCUGGUAUUUGUUACGGGAAGAGCUGAAGUCGAAGUCUUAUGUCGACGACUGAGAGCUAAAUAUCCGAAUACAGGCACCAAAUAUGUUGAAAAUAAAUUAUCGACUAAAAAGAAAAUAAAAGAUAAGAAAACUGAUACGGAAAGUGAUAAUAAAAUUGAAUUAAAUAAUAAGCUAAAGAAAACAGUGACAAUCAAUUUGGAUGAUUAUGAAGUGAAUCCAUUGGAAAAUGAAUCACAAUUAGAUGAUUUAGAUUAUUCUGACGAUGAAAAUAAUGACCAAUUAAUCAAAGAUGUCGACAGCGAUGACAGUGAUAAUGCCGACGACGGCGGCAUUGCUUACCAUAACAGUCAACAACCGUUGUAUUGUUUGCCACUUUAUUCACUACUUCCACAUUCACAACAAGUAUCGAUAUUUAAAGAACCGCCAACUGGUUGUCGAUUGUGUGUUGUCGCCACAAACGUUGCCGAAACCUCUCUAACCAUACCUAAUGUCAAAUAUGUUGUCGACACCGGCAAAGUCAAGACAAAAGUCUAUGACAAUGUUACCGGUAUAUCGACAUUCAUCAUCACCUGGUCGUCGAAAGCAUCGGCAGACCAGCGAGCGGGUCGAGCCGGUAGGACAGGUCCGGGGCAUUGUUAUCGGUUAUAUUCGUCGGCUAUAUUUAACGACGAAUUUUUACAGUAUUCAGAGCCAGAAAUACUGCGCAAACCGGCCGACGAUUUGAUGCUACAAAUGAAAUCAAUGAACAUUGAAAAUGUUGUCAACUUUCCCUUUCCAUCGCAACCGUCUACCGAAGCUAUGAUUGCCGCCGAAAAGAGACUUAUAGUGAUGGGAGCACUCAAAGACGUGUCAAACUUGUUGUUGUCGUCGUCGGACAAAAAACCCAAAAACUAUUUGAAAGCUACGAUAACACCGUUGGGCAAAGCGAUGUCACAUUUUCCGAUUAGUCCACGUUAUGCCAAAAUGUUGGCACUAUCGCGACAGCACCAACUCAUGUCCUACACUAUAGCCAUUGUUGCCGGUCUAACAGUUCAAGAGAUAUUUAUUGAUAAUAAAAAUACCCUAAAGAGACAUAAAAAGUGGUUUACAAAUGAAAGUGAUCUACAAUUAGGCGAUAUAAUGGUACUGUUGAACAGUAUCGGUGCCACACAGUUUGCCGGACUUACCGAUAAGUUUUGUAAACAAAACGGUUUACGAUAUAAGGCUUUUCUAGAAAUUAAUAAAUUAAGAAAACAAUUGCGUUCACAGAUUAGCCAAAUUUGCGGCAAUAACUCAGGUGUUGAAGAGGAACAGGAUGUAAAUAAUGAGAUGAGUCCACCCAAUGCAACACAAAUAAAACUGUUGCGUCAAAUCAUGUUAAGCGGAUUUUUUGACCGAAUCGCCCGAAAAGUUCCCGUUUUGGACGUCGAUAUGACCGACAAGGAGAAGAAGAAACUCAAAUCCAGUUAUCAGUCGAUUGAAGUGGAAAAUCCGGUUUUCAUAUCACAUAAUUCAAUACUAAGUGACGAAUUGCCCGAAUAUGUUGUCUAUCAGGAACUGUUUGAGACAACAGCAACGACAUCAUCAUCGCUACAAAUGAGAAAUGUUGUGACCAUAGAUCCCCAAUGGCUGCCAGUAUUUGUACCACAAAUAUGCAAAUUUUCAAAUCCAUUGGAAAGACCCGAACCACGAUAUGAUUGUCACUCAGAUACGAUUAAGUGUCAUCGGUCGGCCACUUUUGGUCCGUACGAUUGGCCAAUACAAGCCACCGAAGUCACAUAUCCCGAUGGAUUAGAGAAAUAUAAAUAUUUUGCCAAAUUCUUGCUCGAAGGACAUGUCAUCAAGUUUUUCAAAUCUUAUUCAUCGAAUCUGUUGUCUUCGCCCAUCAUUUUAGUCAAAUCGUGGGCUAAUCUUCAGCCACGAACUGAACGAUUGCUGAAUGCAUUGAUUUCACAGAAAAUUGACUCCAAAAACAGUUUAGUAAAUAAAUGGAAAUCAGAUCCAAAAUAUUUACUUAAACAAUACAUCGAUUGGUUGCCACAGUCUUAUCAUCAAACAAUUAGGACUCAAUGGCCACCCAUUGAUUAG